GUAACACUUUAAAUUAUUUCUCUAAUUACUUAGUUACAAUGUACUUAUAAUGUAAAUCUUUUUGCAUGAUAUAAACCUAACCCUAAACCUAAACCCAACCACCAUAACUCUUUUCUGAUACAAUUGUAUACGUGCAUGUAUUGUAACUCUGAAUAAUAACAUUGUAUUUAUGUGUAAGUACACAUGUAUUCACUAAGUAACUACUAUGUAAAUACACAGUAAUGAGACUCUUAAUAGUGUCACCAUAAUAACAUCUUUUUUUCCAAUUACCCAAAACAUUUUUAAAAACUGAUUUUUAUUUUAAAAGAUGCUAUCUUCUCCGCUCAUUUAUUUGUAACCACAUAUUCCUGAUAGUUUUGAUAUUAGUGUUGACACAUCAUAUGUAAAUAAACUAGGAAAAUACUUUUUCUCAACUUUUUCUCUGGAACGUUCGCCAGGAGAAGGACGUUUUCUUCUAAACACUGCAGUGUAUCCAGUUCAUGCUCCCUCUUGCAACAAUACUGGAGCUCUGAUCAAAAUGAGUUCUGUAAAGUAGGAACAGAAAGCCAGAAUUGUUGCUGGAGGGAGCGAGAUAUGGAUACACAGCAUUCCUUAGAAGAGAUGUUUUGUUUUGUUUUUCUCUUGGCGAAUACUCCAGAGUAAACAUUGAGAAAUGUGUUGCCCAGCUGAUUUUAGGUGUGGGAUUUAAACAUUUUAAAAGAUAAUACAGUAUUCUUAAAACUAUAACGCAGUGAUACAGACAUCAAAAGACACAGGAAGACCACCUGAUCGUCAUCUGCUGUGAUCACAACAAUGUUAUGGUUUCAAAAACUACUGCUGCAGUGUGCUUUUCUAGAAGUGAUAUGUUUCUCCUUUGUAUACAAUACUCGAAACUGGGCAAAAAUACCAACACGUGUAUCAGCACUGAAAGGGUCCUGUGUCGUUAUACCGUGUUUAUUUAACUUUUCUCGUUUUGACGAAUAUGCUAAAGACGUGCUUGGCAUGUGGCAAUAUGAGAAUUUUGGAAAAUACAUAAAUCACCCUAACCCUUUGGAAGUAGUGAGCAAUUUUAAGCGACGUACAGACCUGAUUGGAGAUUUGCAAAAGCAUAAUUGCACUCUGAAGAUUGAUGCAGUGAAAGUCGACGACACUGGUCCAUUUUGUUUUAGAUUCGAAGUACCAGGGAUUGAUCGGGCAUCAUAUAUAAAUCAUACAGUAUUGAUCCACGUUAAAGAUUCUCCAGAUGUACCCUCAAUAAAUCGCUUGUCAGAUGUCAAAGCUGGGGUUGAUUUAGCUGUGACUUGCUCGGUUCCUCACACUUGCCCAUCAAACCCGCCUGCUAUUACCUGGAGCCGCACCAAUGCCACUUUGACAGUUCACCACAAAGCAACGGGGAAUGCAAUGUGGGAAGUGUCUUCAGUCCUCAAAUUCAUACCAUUAGCGAGUGACCACAUGAAUCGCCUGACAUGCACUGCCCAAUACUGGGGAGGACAGCAAGCAAAUAUCUCUGUCUUGUUAAAUGUCAAAUACAAGCCAGCGAUUCUGUCUGAAUCAGCCUGCACCGUUGACAUCACAGGACAGGUGACUUGUCAGUGCAUCGUGGAUUCCAACCCCCCACCUUUGAUUGAGUGGCGUGUUUCUGACAGCAUCCUGAAUGAGUCUAACACCGGUCUGAAAUCGUUUUCCGUUAAUAACAGCAGAGGAGAGCAGAACACAGUCACAAUAGGAGUUCUGCAGGGAGGGGUGGCCUUCACAGCAAACAUCUUCUGCUCUGCCACCAACACCCUGGGGAAAGCCUCACUGUCAUUCACACGUCCAAUGAGUGAUCUCUUCAUAUACAUAACAAUCUCUGUUGUGGCUGCUGUGUUGAUUAUAGCUAUUGUGGCUGCAGUGAGACGACUGAGAAUAAAGAGAAGCGAGAGGAAACAACAAGCCCCGGAAAUUGCUUUCAGAAAUAAUUAUGGAAAUACUCAGGGUGAUAUCGCUAAUGAUAUUUAUCAAAAUGCUCAGCUGGAAACAAAAUCUGGAACCCCAGAUGGUUUCACUAAUGAUGUUUAUGCAAAUGUUCAGGCAUUUAAAGUAGUUGAAGACAUUUACGAGAAUGUAGACGCCAACAUUGGACCAUACAAGGACUACAGAACGAAUCGCCACAAAUAGAAUCCGCGUCGCUGGAACAACAGUGUGAAAACAAACAGAAUAUCGACUAACCAGAAGAGGAUUCGAUUCAUAUUCUUUUGAGUUGAUGUUUUCUAUCAUAGUGAAUAUUUCUGCUAUUGUAAGGUGAUAAUUCUAAUUACUAUUGCAGCUGCAACCAUAAGUAUUAUCUGAUUUGGUGUCCACCAAUUUGAACUAUUUAGUUGUGACAGCUUUUAACUCAAACCUUUACAGGGCCUAGCAAAACCUUUAAACAGCUGUAGCAUUCUGUCAUGUGAUUUCCAGUGUUGUUGUAUUAUUUUCUAUUUGAUUGUGCUGGCCAACAUUAACUGUCCUUUGCAUCUGUGACUGAUUUGAAAAAAAAAAGCUUAUGGUGUGAUU